AAAGUCCAUUAUGGUUGUUUCUUCAGGUUCUACUACUACCCUAUUGUUACACUCAGCCUGGGUAUUUUUCUUAUCCUCAUUUCUUUCUUCGGCAUUCUCUCUCUCAUCUUCAGAAAUUGUACUGGUAUGAGGAUUUUUACAGCUUCCAUUCUCCUCAUUAUAAUACCACAACUCGUAAACAUUUAUCUGGCAGGAAAAGUGACUUCUGAGAUCAGAAAGGGAAUAACAGAACAAUAUGAUAAAAUGGACACCCAUAUUGUAACAGCUAUCCAAGCAAAUGAUUGGAAGAAAAUGCAAGAUUUUGAUAAAAUUCAGGUGGAUUUUCACUGCUGUGGUAUCAACUCCCAGCCAGGGUUUGAUUAUUGGAACAAGUUUGCGUUUGACAGUGUGAAUGUGACAUAUGUAAAGAAAAAUUCUCUCCCUGAAGCCUGCUGUAUCAAUUGUGGACCUACCUGUAGCUGUGAUGCUGAGGACUUCUUCCUUUUAAAAAGAGAUGAUUGGAAGCAGUACUUGAUGUUGGAUAUAUAAUCAGUGCUUUGCUCUGUAGUGGACUAGAGAUUGGAGCAGCUGUCCUAUCUAUCUACUAUAUCAAGAUUAUUAAAAAAUUCUAGCUGUCCUAUCUAUCUACUAUAUCAAGAUU